UUUUUAAGUUGUCGCCCUAUCUGGAUUACUAGGACUUUUUUCGGGAUAAUACAUAUGUAUUACGCGUUUCCCUUCUAAACUCACUGUUUUCGUAGUUUUGCUUCACAAUCAAAUGUCUGUUUUUUGAAACUUUGUCUUGAGAAAGGGAAUUAAUUUAUUAAUUUACGAAGGAUGGUUUCACUUCAUACAAACAUAAGUCGAGACAGCCAAUAACUAUAAACCUAAAGGUUGACGAUAUGAUCACUCUUUAUCUUUUAUUAUUCAACACCAUAAAUACAACGACUUUUCAGUUGAUAUUCCUCUUAACAGAUAAACCGUGUUCGCUAGAACAUGACAGACUAGUUAAUCCUCUAAAGAAAUAACGCUUCAUGUAAACGUAGAAAAAGGUCUAGAAGCUAUUAUCAUAAAGUAAAUAAGAUAAAUAAAUUUAUAUGUGGACUAAAACAAAUGCUUAACUAUGGAAAUAAUCCACAAUGGCAGUGAUUUUAUUAUUAUGAUACUGGUUUAUUAGAAAGUGCAUAGUUUCUUGCAGUUUUCAUACUGAUAAUCUCCAGACUCACGUUGGUUUUUUUAUUUAGUCGAGUCAUGUAACAGGGUUCAGAAAAAGUGGCGAAAAAUUGGUUCAUUCAGUCAGUCAAAUGCAACUUAGGACGUGGUGCGCGUGUACAUCAGUUCAAGUUGUCAUACUGCAUAAACACAGCGAUAUGAAAUCGUCAAAAAAAGUUUCAAAGUACUAAAUUUCAAAUGUAGGCCAUGUGUUGAUCGUCUCACUUAUAGCUGGAUAUUACACUUAUUUCACCAAGGGGCCACGGUGCGUAUAGCCGAAAAAUUAUUAUUGGUUGUUAUACGAAUAUGGUAAACUUUAAUUUUCGAUUUAAAAUUUCCGGGAUUGGAUUAAUUUCUAGUGACACAUUUUGUGAAAAAUGGUAAUAAUCGAAAAAAGCUUGUGCCAUAUGCAAACAACUUUAUCACCAGUUUAUAUGGCUUCUAAUGGUACUGAUUGACCUUGAUAAUUUGGAUAAGGUUAAAAGCAACAUUAUCAGGGAAAGCUUAAUUAUUUACUAGCUGACUUAUCAUCUUCAUAGCGAUGGUAUGCAUGACAAAAGUUCAUAAAAAGUUCGAGGACUUUCCGGAGCAUUUCGUGAUCAUAUUUGAUAUAGGAUGAUUUUCAGAUGAACAACAUAAAAUUAAACCAAUGUUCAUCUCGGGAUUUAGAUAUGCACUUAUUAUAGUACUAUUCAUAUGACCUUUAAUAGUGAUAAGCCACCCUUAUAAAUUGUGUAGCCAUUUCUGGUCUUUUUUAACAUAGAGAAUGUCUUUUGAAUAUUUAAUAUUAUUUUUUCUGUUAUAGAUGUUUGUCAUUAAUUACCCAUAGUCUUAUUCAGAACAUAAAGAUGCUAUGAAUUCCACUUUACACUCUGCGGACUCCAGUGUUAUCCAAACCAGUUUAUUUGGUCAGUAUAACAGGGCUGGGGAUCCAACUAGCCUAUGGUGUGAUGAAUCUUUGGAAAACCCAGACUCUAUGUUGGAUCAAUGCAAAUGCUACACAAGUACUCCAAGUUCUUUUUCUACUACUUCAGAGAGCACAUCUUAUUCGCGUGAUCUUUAUGUUACAUCUAGACUACGAAGUCGGUCUGAAGAGAAAAACUGUAAAUUGGAGCAUCCCUUUUAUCUAUCUCAUUCCGUAAUCAAUUAUUUAAAAUUGGACAAAUUAUCUAACAAAAUGUGUCCUGGUUGUGUUCCUUGUUCUUCUGAUGAUAAACUACGAUCAAGUAUGUACUCCGAAGAAAAACACGAUCUGAAUGUCAUUCAAAAGGACUUCCAACAGGGUAACAAAUUCAAGCGCAAAGGAAACCAGUCGUUUAAAUCAAGUUCGUCAGUCUGGUAUAGCGAUGAUUCCGACUCAGUCCCUCCAGCGAUGGCUCUCAUAAAUGUAAAUCGACUUCAUACCCAAACCUUGCAUCCAGCUACAUUAAAUGAGAACAGAAUAAUUGCAACAAAUAACAUUUUAUAUGAUUUCAACACUGAGUUUGAUGUCUCUGGAUCAAAAAUAUCAAAAACAUUUUUGAACGCUUCAAGAAAAUCUCUUCCAGCAAUCCACCUUGAUCGUGAUUUAGAAGUAAGCGGCAGUAGCGGUACCAGUAGUCUUUCUUAUACGGCUGUGAUUGGUAACGAGGCGGAAUAUAUUCAGCCGGAUAAACGCUUAGAGCCAUUCUCUGAUGAAUCUAACAAGCACCACUUAAAUUCUCUGCAUUUCGGGCAAAUCGGUGCAUCCGCGAGAGAUUCUGGCUUAAGUUCACAUUCAAGCAAUUCUGUAAAUUAUUCCCCUAACUAUCUUCUGCUCCCUCAUAAAGGAUUGGUUCCUGAGUGUAAAACUAGUCUCUCUUCGACACCUCCACCAGUUCCAAGUCACGCCCCUCAAUCACAAACUAUGAUUGCACUCACACAAAGGAACGGAAAUAAUAUUUUAAAUACAACCAAUUUAGUACGUUGUGAAACUGACCUUACAAAGUGUACAUGCUCCAAAAGUUCAAGCAGUAAAAUGGUAGAAGGAAGAAUUCGUGGAACAACUAUCCGAUUGCAUUCAUAUACGGGAGAAUCUAAAACUCUCUUAAAGUCAUAUUUCCCAAGUGAAAAUAAACAGAUUAAACAAAAUCCUAAUUCAUCUUUAUCACCUAUAUGGAAACGUAAAUCAAAUACAUUACAAUCAAUGAUUAAGGAUAAAAUUCACCUCCUUGAAGAACAAAACUAUUCAAAAUCAAUCCAAAUAACUAAAUUCAAAGAAGGUGGUUGUAGCAAAAGAGAAGAAAAAGAUGAUGAUGAAGUAGAGAGAAAAGGGAAACAUUUAAUUAGUAAAGAUCAAUAUGAAAAUACUACUACUACUACUACUACUACCAAGAAUGAUAAUAAUCAUGACAGAGUACUAAAUUCCUGUCUACUUUUAAAUGAUUCAAAUAAACAACAAGAUAUUUGUACGGCCUGUACACUAAAUUGGCAAUUUUAUUUAUCCCAACCUUGUUGUUAUACAUUUAUAGAUGAUAUGGUUAAAUGUUAUCAUGAUGUGAAUAAUUCUUGGUAUUUUGUGAAACAUGAUUGUUUUCUAAAUUCUAUUAUUCAAUUGUUUAAACCUAAUAGUUGUUUCAAUUGUCGUAAACAUAUUUAUGCUGUAGGCGUAAAUUUAUUUAAUAGAAAUCCAUUGAGAGGUCUAAAAUAUUUGGCAAGACAUAAUUUCUUAAACUUGUCUUCUAGUAAACAAAUUUCCAAAUUUAUUCAAAAUAAUGCUGACUUAUGUCGUUCGAAAAUUGGAGCAUUUCUUGGUCUACCUCCUACAGAUGAGAUCAACCCAACGGAAGUUACAAUGAUUCUUCUGAAAUCUUUAAACAUUUCUGGUUUGGAAGUAGAUGAAGCUUUGCGAUUGGUUGUUCAUCGAUAUGGGAUGCCUGUGGAAUCUCAAGAAAUAGACAGAUUAUUGCAAUGUAUCUCUGAAUACUAUCAUACAGUUCGAUGGUGUUCAACAUCUGUUAAUUCAUCAGAUAUUUUUUCCAGUACUAAUGACCAUCAAUUGAAGUCUUUACCAGCUCCUCCUAUCACUCUGGAUCAGUUAUCAUUAAUAUUUUAUGCUAUUCUCUUACUACAAACCAGCCUUCAUAAUGUAAAUGCAGCAAAAUCAAGUUUAGGCAAACAGACUGUCAGUCAAUUUAUAAAAAAUGUAUAUGAUCUUUUAUUAAAUCAACCAUCUUCAUCAUCAUCAUCUUCACUAUCUUCUUUCACGGCUAAAUCAAAGUCAAAGAUUUCAAAUGUUAAUCAAAACGAUAUGGUUAAUGAAAGUGGUAAUACUAAUACUGAAUCCAUUCUGGACAAUGAAAAUAAUAUUAAUAAUAACAAAUCUCUUGAUAUAAAACAUGUAUUCUCAAAUCGUACAUUAACUGAAAUAUUUCAUCGUAUUAAAGUUAAACCAUUGGAACCAGGUUCAGAUCAAACAACAAUCGUUCGACAUAUAUCUAAAGCAAUAAGAAAUUUGCAAGAAGUUAAAAUUUUAAACACUGAUGACAUUGAUAAUGAAUUCUUAUUCACGAAUAAUCCAUUUGAAUUAGUGGAACCACAUCGUCGAUUGGUUUGUUAUUGUACGGUGAUUCAUAUUAAUCAAAAUCAACCUCCUCAUAAAGAAACCAGUAUUCUACGACAUUUGUUUGUUUUUAAUGACCUAAUUAUUAUUGCAAAAGAUACCUCUUCAAAACGUACUUCUGGUAGAAGAUUAGUUUUCGACAAGUCAAGGAAAAAUCAAUCAAAAAUAAAUGAUAAGAAAUUAUCACCAGAUCAAUGUGAUGGUUUUCUUCGUCCACCAUUAGAUUUAUUAUAUACCGAUUGUGAUAAAAAGUUUAAAAUAAUGAAUUCUGAAUCUAAUACACUUAACUGUAUGCAACCAAAUGUUGGUUGUGUACCUCAUAGAGUAGGAGGCGGAAGAGGAAGAAGAAGCAGAUCAAAAAAUGAACUUUAUAGUCGAAAGGCAGCUAAUUCUACUUCACAUUCCUAUACACGUCUUACUGCUUUAUAUGUUUUUUCAUUAUAUGGAUGUAAAAUUCGUCCUUUUAAAACUGAUGGUAAGUAAAAAAAAUUCAUACAUAAGCGUUAAUAGUUCAACUUUAUCUUUUGAAAUUUUGCAGUAUUACUUGAGUUUUAUCCCAUAAUCGAGUAGUGUUAUGAUAAAACAGUUUGUUAUGCCUUCAGAAACAAAUCAGUAGCACGUGCCGAAACCAUCAAUCAAAACUCCGAUUAUAAUAUUUCUUUGAGAUCAUGGAUCGAUCAAUGUUAGACCACCAUUGAGGACCUGGAAGCACUAGACGGCUGUUUUGUCAUGGUAUGGGACGUUUCAGCAGUACGCACCGAUGGUCCUAUAUGUGAGGUUCAAACUAGAAACCUCCAGUCUCGCGCGCCAACCCUUAGCCUCUCAGGUUUUCAAUGGUGGUCUUACACUAAUCGAUUCGUGAUCUCAAUAAAAGUUCACAGCCCUAUACCUAUGCUUUCUCCAUUUCACAUCUACUAUUCCGUCUGUAAAUUCGCGUACUAGACUUGACCAAUUACAUAUUCUGGCCUCCAAAGCCAACCUUGAGCCAAUACACGCUAAAUCCCUAUUAGUCCGUCUAUACACAAGCCUUUCUCUAUCACAACCUCAUAUUCAAAGAAACGUUUGCAGCAGAGUUUCCAUUAUAACAUCUCAAUCAGCCAGCCACUAUCUCGAACAUCCAUUAGGUUUUAUACACCACUUAGCAGGCCGCACAGCACAACAAAUAGAAAAUCAUACUUUAAACAUAAUCAUGCCAUAAGUGGCAGAAAACAAAGUAAACAGUGCAUAAUUACUUGACAAUAAUUAGGUAAUAGUAGGUUCGAAGGGAGCUAACAUUAAGCAGAAUAUAGAAAUACAAUAAAACAGUUAUCUACUAUGUAAUAAAAAUAUAAAUACCAAUCUGAAUAAUAGCUCCAAGUGUUGUAACUUCAUUAAACUCGUCUCUUUAGAACACAGUUCAUUGAUAAAAUUGUAGAAUCAUUGAGUUAACCAGUAAUGUAUGUCAGUUGAUUUAAAGAAAAGUGGUCAGCAAAAAGUAUUUAAUCUACAAUAUGAAAAUUUAAGGCAUCUCAAGAUAUUCAUUUGCUAAUUAACAGUGAUAUUUUGUUUCAAUUUCCUUUGUUUGCAUUGAAAAAACCACUGAUUGAAUGAGUGGGAUUUCUCAUUUUAUGAAACAUGUUUAAUGGUGUUUGUAGACAAUUUUCCAAGAAAUUUGAUUAUUUCAAUGAAGUUUAUUGACGUGAUCAAAGUAAAAUACUAAAAUUGGUGUUGAAAAUUUUAGCUUCCUUCUAAUUGUCCAUUAAUUACUAAUGAGCUUCAUACCUGUCAGAAUAACAGUCCUCAUUUUGAUCAAUAUACAAUUGUCAUGAAUUUCAAUCCCUGUUAGUCCACGAGCUUUUUUUCAUCCUUUCAAUGUCAAAUCUGGAGACAAAGAUAGCAAGUGGAUUUAACCUUAUAUUAUUGUACUGUGUUUGUCCUCCUUAUUCAAAAAUCCAGUUUUAUAUAUAUCCAUUAUAUAACCACAAAUAAGUAAUUACAACUUGUACAGAACUGAGUUAUAUUUGAUUUCAAGUAAAUUGAGCAUCGAAUAAAUAGUUAAUAAUAAAUAUAUUUUUUUAUAUCCCAAUGAGUAGAAAAGUUGUAUGUUUGACUCUUCGUGACCUAAUGUACUUCACUUCUUCAGAGUAAAUAAAUAA